ACAAAUAUGGCCGACAAACGGCUGCUGAGAAUGACAGAGACAAUGUUCGUCGUUUUAAGGCACGUUUGAUUGACAUUGAACAGAGUCUGCGUGUACUUAAAGUUGUCACAUGUUUUUUGUCCAUCAUCAUCGCUAUCUUGUUGUUCCGUAUGUAAUAUAUGUAUCAGUGUUUACAUGGUUACUGUACUAUGGUUUCCGUAUGUGAUAUAUGUAUACGCGUGUUGCUUGUUACCGUACUAUGCUUUACUUAUGUAAUAUAUUACUUAUCCGUGUCAUUUUACUAUUGCAUAUGUGUUGGACAAACAUAAUAACAUAUGGUUAACACAACUACAAGUAAUGCACACAACAAACUAAUAAGUAAUGCAAAUUAUAAUGUUCUAUAGUCGCAUGGCUUCAACUCGAUCCGACUCACGUACCCCUUCCGGGAAAGGAAAGGGCCCAAAACCUUAUCACAAAGCCAAUUGGGACUGGGAGAACACACGUAUCUACUUGGAACUUGUUGUCAAGGAAAUAGACGCAGGUAACAGGCCGCACAUGUCAAUAAAUCCAAAUGGGUACCAGUCUUUGGCUAAGACUUUUGAGGCAGCGACUGGGUUGACACAUAGCAUGAAACAACUGAAAAAUAGGUACAACCAACUAAAGGCGGAGUGGCGUGCAUGGUCGAAGCCAAUGGAUAGCCGCAAAGGCCCCACUGGAAUUGGGUUCGACCAAGAGACUGGCUUGAUCAAUGCGUCGGAUGAAUGGUGGGCUACAAUGGAGAAGGUUGACAAAGAGUGUUGUAAGUUUAGAACAAAGAGGUUGGAUCAUGAGGAAUUAAUGCGUCGUGUUUUCACGGGGGCUGCGGCAACGGGAAAAAAUGCUUGGACGCCCAGUGAGAUGCGGAACCAGCUGGAGGUGGAAAGGGAGUCCGAUAGUGCAGACUUCUCUACGGACAGCAACGAAUUGGGUGCCUCUGAAACUGCAAACUUGAUGAAAUCUGCAAACAUUACCGCAUCCGGUAGUGGCAGCAAAAGGAGGCACUCAUCUGUCACAGUCGUGCAGAAGAAGUGAAUCACCGGGGCAGAAGCAUUGGCAACAAGCGUGGAUGAUUUGGUGAAUUCGGUGAAGACACAAAGUAAGGAACUCACUGUUAACCAUGUUGUCGGUGGACAA